AUGGCUUCGACCGCCAUCCCAGCGAACCCCACCGCUCAAAAUGUGGCACAGCUAUUGCCCAAGCUGCAAGAUGAAGACCCUGACUUCCGGUACAUGGCCCUCAACGAUCUUCACCAGAUCCUCAAAUCCGGCCAUCCAGGCUUGAUCCAGCACGACUAUCCCGUUUGCGCCAGAGUUGUCGACGGCCUACUCCACACACUCAAGGACACGAACGGCGAAGUGCAGAACAUGGCAGUGAAGGUGUUGGAGCCAUUUGUAAACAAGGCUCCGGACACCAUUCUGGCACCCCUAAUUGAUAAAGUGUCGAACUUGAAGACGGACAACAUCGUGGACAGCUCUAUACCUGCUCUUGCCCUCAGGGCCAUUGUUGUCGCGCUGCCAAAACCCAUACAAGGUAUCCAGCGGUCCAGGUCGGUCGUCGAGGCAUAUGGAGCUGUCAGCAAAGCUCUUAUUCCCCGCCUCGUCGGAUAUACUGUCAUUGCUCCUGGACGGAAGGACCUCCCUGCUCCUCCGAAGGGCAUGCUGGAGGAAGACAUGGAGAAGGGCACCGAUAGCAACGCUAUGGACGUCUUGAUCGAGGUCGCAAGGUGUUUUGGGCCCAUGCUACAAGAGCCGGAGAUCCAAGCACUACAGGCCAUCUCCUUUGAGAUCCUUGAGAGUGAGCGCGCAAGCUCAGCCCUGAAAAAGAAGGCUGUGACCGCUUUAUCCACUCUCGCCACGUACUUUUCCGACGCUGUUUUGAGCGCCUUCAUCUCCAGACUGAUCGAGAGUUUGAGGGACUCGCACGUGACGCUCGGCCGGCGGAAACUGUAUAUCACUGUCAUAGGAUCUAUGGCCAGAGCGAUACCGCGCAAAUUUGGCCCCUAUCUGAGAACGUUGGCGCCUUUCGUCUUCAGCGCCCUUAGCGCAGAGGAGCUGGAGAGUGACUUGGCCGAGGACGUAGACGUACGAGACCCUGAGGGCGAUGAGGUUCGAGAAGCCGCCCUUGUGGCGAUCGAAAACUUCCUCGCUGCGUGCAGCCACGAUAUGCGCUUCUACACACACGAAUGUAUCGAUUCUACUCUCCGCUUCCUGAAGUACGAUCCCAACCUCGCCGAUGACGAUGAUGAAGAUAUGGACGCAGCUGGGAGCGACCAAGAGUCGGGAGAAGAAGAUUUCGAGGAAGAAGGUGGAUAUGAAGACGAGGACGAUGCGAGUUGGAAAGUGCGCCGCUGCGCCGCCAAGGCUCUGUACGUGCUCGUUACGACUCGAAGCGAUGGCGACCUCCUAGAAGACGGAACUCUCUAUGAUCGUGUCGCUCCGGCUCUCAUAUCCAGAUUCAAGGAACGCGAGGAGAGCGUUAGACUGGAGGUCCUCGCAGCUCUUGCAGCCUUGGUGCGCGUUACAGGCAACGGUGCGUAUGCCCACAAUACUGCAGCCGGCCACGACGCCAGCAAUGGCACGAUGGGACCACCACCGAGUCGCAAGCGGAGGCGAGGAGGAAGCGAUGCCAGUAUGUUCGACUCUCACACCAAUACUUCGCUCUCUGGUGGGUAUAUUGCCCAAGAACCUCAGGCCGUCCCAUCCGCAGGAGCACAGUCGAGCCUUUCGAAGCUGAGCCCAGACAUCAUGCGUGGAGUCUCACAGCUUCUAAAGACUGGACCGCCACCUACUAAGGAAGCCUCGAUGGCGCUGCUGAGAGACAUGGUAGCAGCUCAGCGUGGAGGUCUGUCUGAUUAUCUGGCUCAGAUCAUCGACCCUGUGGUCGAGGCAGUCAAGGGGCACGGCUCUCACGCUCAUGCUGGCCAUGCAUCGUCUUCCACCACCGCCAACAGUCUUCGCAUCCAGGCACUACAGCUUCUUGGAGCCAUUGCGGAAACGCACACUUCGAAAAACCUACAGCCAUACCUUCCAAAAGCUGGCCAGGCUGUUGUCGACGUUGUGCGCGACAAGUACAGCAGAGUCGCUGUAGAGGCUCUCAAUACUGUUGAACAGUUUGUUGUAGCACUAACGCCUCCGCGCUCGACCACGCCUGAUCAUGCUGCGCUUGACCAGCUGUACGACGUCCUGGUUAACCGAAUAGCCGCCAAUGACGCUGAUCUCGAGGUGCGACAACGCGCAAUCCACGUUCUCGGACUGCUUCUAGGCCGUACUUCAGGAUCACAAGACUUCAUCUCUCAAUCGAAGCGGACAGCCGGACUCGACCUGCUUGCCGAUCGUCUCCGAAAUGAGCUCACUAGGCUCGCCGCUGUUCGAGCAAUAGACGUGAUAGCGAGCCUCGCUCAGAACAAGAGCGAGUUCUCUCCGAAGUGGGUCCAGAGCGUGUGCUUGGAGCUGGGAGCCCAACUGCGCAAAGCGAGUCGUUCGCUGCGUGGCGCCAGUCUCGCGACACUCAGGACGCUCGCUGUGAACCCUGUCAUUAGACCAAAUUUGGACAGCAAGACUACCAGUGAGUUGCUCGGCGUGCUGCUGCCUGUGGUAAAUUCGAAGGACGCACAUCUUCUGGUCCCAGCGCUGGUCAUUCUGACGACGUUCGUCCGGGACAAUGGAAGGGCUGUCGUGGACAAGCAGCUCGACCAGGCAAUAUGUCAAGUGGUCACGACUUCCCUCAGUGGCUCCGCUCUUGAUGCGCUCCUCACGCUUGUUCGGGCCAUCGGGGAGCAAGGAGUUGGCCGGAAUCUCAUGCAGAUGCUACUGAAAGACGUUGGCGUAGGAGGCAAUCCAGACUUAGUGGGUAAGGUAGUGGGCACAUUACUCGUCGCCGGUGGGCCAAAUCUGAACGUCAAGCUGGACGAUUUUGUCAGCGAGCUCAACACCGCCAAAGACGGUAAGCGAAAGUGCCUUGCUCUGGCUGUGUUGGGCGAAGCCGGGCUCCGCAUGGGCUCAGCGUCACCAUUGCAGCCCCAACUUUUCAUUUCGUACUUUUCCUCGAACCUGGAACAGGUACCCUUGGCUGCUGCUGUCGCCCUUGGUCGCGCGGGAGCCGGCAGCAUCUCGACGUACCUUCCUGUCGUUCUUUCUACGAUGAGCCAGCCAUCGAGCCCGCAAUACCUCCUCCUCCACUCCCUCAAAGAGAUCCUGCAACUCCAGAGCAACGACUCCGAGAUCCUGCCCUACUCGCAGAAGAUGUGGCAGAGCCUUGUCGUCGCCUCGCAAGCCGAAGACAACAAGGCCAUAGGCGCGGAAUGCAUCGGACGUCUCGCAAUCAUCGAUCCCAAGACCUAUCUCCCGCAGCUGCAGGCCUUCCUCCACGACCCCUCCCCCACAGUCCGUGGCAUGGUAAUCUCCGCGCUCCGCUACACCUUCGCCGACACCGACUCCUCCUACGACGCGCACCUCGCGCCCCUCAUCAUCCCAAUGCUAAGCCUCAUGCUGCACGAGCCGGACCUCGAGAACCGCCGACUAGCCCUGACCGCUUUCAGCGCAGCCGCGCACAACAAGCCCGAGUUGAUCCUGCCGCACCUCCCGGAACUACUGCCCUCCAUUAUGGAGGAGACGAAAAUCAAACCCCAGCUUGUCAGGGAGGUGCAGAUGGGCCCGUUCAAGCACAAAGUCGACGACGGGCUUGAGCUCAGGAAGAGCGCGUACGAGACGCUGUACGCGCUUCUCGAGAACAGUUUCUCUGCGCUGUCAGUCCCGGAAUUCUUCGACCGCGUCAUAGCAGGCAUAGGCGAUGACCACGACAUCCGCAUCCUCUGCAACUUGAUGCUAUCCAAACUCGUCGUCCUCGCUCCCGACGAGACGAGGGUCCGCUUAGAUGCGAUAGCGGAGCACUAUCGGGGCAUCCUGGCCACGAAGCCCAAGGAGAGCGCCGUCAAGCAGGAGCUGGAGAGGCUGAAGGAGGCGAGUUUGGGAGCGGUCAGGGUCAGCGCGGCGAUUAACAGGGCCCUGGGGAUUGAUAUGGCGGAGAGUCAGGAUCCGCAUGUGAGGGCGUGGCAGGCGUAUUGGGGGUGGGUGGGGAAGGAGUUUGCGCCGUUGGUGAGGACGGUUGAGGAGGAGAUUAGUAGGGAGAGGGAGCGCUGA